ACUGCGUAACCUAUAAGGGAUCAUUUGACUCUCACUUACCACUCCUCAAAAGAACGAAACCCAGAUUCGAUGGUUUUUUCAGUGAUGCUAUAGACUCCUAUCUUGAUAGCUUCGUUUUAUUUGAAGAUCGCUGCCAAGGCAUUCAGACGAUUAUUAGCGAUCGUUUUCGUUUAGUUGAUUGUUAGCCGAACGGGUUGCCAGUUUGAUUCGAAAGAGUGAACGCGCAAUUUAAAAUUGUUUAUCGUUUUAUGAACCAAAUCAUUAGUAGUUAACAAUAGUAAUUUGAUCUGCAUAAUAGUUACUUUUAAGUUCUAACUUAUUUCGGAAAUAGAUACGUAUAUUUUCAUAAUGGAACUUGAAGUAUGUUGAACUUAAUAGAUCCUAUACCUGUAUAUUAUUAACAUUAAUGUGAAAUAUGUGCUACAAUGGAAUCGAACUUCAUGACUACUUUAGAAUUUAGUUGAGCAAAAGUAUCGUCUUAUGAUUCUGAUAAAUUAUCAGUGAAGUUAGCUUCACUAUAAAUAACUAGCACUCUUAAUUUAUGCUAUAUUCAUAAGUUCUCAUGAAAUACUCUAAUCCUAUGGCUCUGGGUCUAAGUCAGCCGACACCCAUACCAGGGUACAAUCCUAUGGUGUUCUUACCCACCCUAAACUUCUCCAUCAACCAAGUCGCAGCAGUUUGUGAGACAUUAGAAGACAGCGGGGACAUCGAAAGACUGGGAAGGUUCCUUUGGUCCCUACCUGUUGCUCAUCCAAAUUGUGCAGAGUUGAACAAAAACGAAUCAGUCUUGAGGGCCCGGGCCCUGGUGGCUUUCCACACUGGAAACUUUAGAGAACUGUAUGGCAUUCUGGAAAGCCACCGUUUUACUAAGGUUUCCCAUUCGAAACUUCAAGCUAUGUGGCUCGAAGCACACUAUCAGGAGGCUGAGAAACUUAGAGGGAGACCAUUGGGCCCUGUGGAUAAAUACAGGGUUAGGAAGAAGUAUCCGCUACCUAGGACAAUCUGGGAUGGUGAACAGAAGACGCAUUGCUUUAAAGAAAGAACUAGAAGUUUGCUGAGGGAAUGGUAUUUACAAGAUCCAUAUCCUAAUCCAACUAAGAAGAGAGAGCUGGCCCAAGCUACAGGUUUGACACCGACCCAGGUUGGAAACUGGUUCAAGAACAGGCGACAAAGAGAUAGAGCUGCUGCAGCAAAAAAUAGACUUUUGCAACAGCAAAUGCAGCAGCAACAGCUGUCUCAUCACCACAAUUCAGGAGGGGCAUCUCAGCGAGGGUCCCAUGGCACCCACCAUGUGGGAUCACAGGGGGUCCACAACGGAGGGGGCCCUCUUCACCAUAGACUAUCCUCUUCAUCUUCGGAUCACCACAGAGGGGGUCCUGGUGAGACGACAGACGAUGGAGAAAAUACAAACGGUAGUUUUGGAUCUUUCGAUGGGGCCAGUUCUCCCGGAUCGCCUCGUUGUCUGAGUCCGGCACCCGUAUCUACGACUUCAGAAUCUAGCCGGACGCCCUCACCCAGGCACCAUCAUCAUACGCCUGGCAGCUUACAUCCUCCUGAGCAAAGACAAAGCCUGAAUCUAAGCCAACACCACCACAGGCAUGAUCCUCUGGCCUCAAUUCUUCAUAGAGAACGUAUUUCACAUGCUUGAGAAUGAUACAGUUGGACUUGAGCCAAACUUAACAUUUUGUUGAUGUGAAAGUUUGCUUUUUGAUGAAAUUCGUAUGUGCAAUUUGUAAUUAUAGAUGUAACAUUUAUGAGUUUUAUUAAGUUUUUUUCUUCUUUUGCGUGACACUUAUGAAGAGUCAAAACGAUGAGGAGAGUUGUUCGAUUUUCUAAAUCUUGGUGCUUCAGCAUUGCAUGUUCUUUUAAAAAAUGAAACCCCAGUUGCAAUAAGUGAGAAAGAACUAAUUUAUGUUUGUGCUUAUGUUUUAUUAAAGCUAUUUGUUGAAUAGAUAUAGUAUUAGACAUCUUGUUGUUUGUUUUGUUUAAAGUUACUUUCUAAAUUGAUUACGUCAUUAACGGCAAUCAGCAGCAAGUUUUAUGUAACUCAAAGAAAACUUUUAAAUACAAUAAACGUAUCUGAUUCUUCAACAGUUUUUGUAGUUCUUAAAUGACUAUAAAAAUACUACUUCUUACCUUUAAAUUUAUAUAGUUUAUCCACUUUCAACCUUUGUUAUUUUUGAAAAAAUACAUUAAUUUUAGUAUUAUUUCAAUACUCAACAGCCUUAAAAAAAAUUCUAUGUUAAUGUCUCGUUCUAUUGGCUUGUAUUUUUCUUCUUCUUUUUAUUGAGAACUCUUAUCUGUAACAAGUGAUCUGAAGAUUUCACAUAGAACUAUUAUCAUAAAUAAAGUAUUUAGUUUUUCCUUUUAGCAUUGAGCCAUGCACUUGUUCUAAAAGAGUACCAAUGUUUCUUAGCUAUACUUAUUCAUUAUCAGUAUCAACUAAGUAAGUCCUAAUUUAGAGUAAGCUUUACGAAUAUUGAAAUACCCUUUUCAUAAAUAUUUUCAAAAGCAUUAUAAAUUAGUCAUUAUUUCAGAAAAUGAGUUGCAUUUUCUUUUAAGUUCUUAGUGAAGAAGAGUGCUCUCUUAUUUUAAUUAUUUGGAAAAGUUAUCGUUUGUAACUAAUUUUUUUUCAAUAUAAAAGCACACGAAUGCAGUGAACGAUAUAUCUUAGCAAUGUUUCAAUAGUUAAUUUUAUUUCUAAUUAUAUUUUUUGAUUUAAGAGUAAUUACUCUAAACAUUAAAUUUAUAAAGUAGCAGGAAAAUAAUGGCAGUUUAUAUCUGUCAGAUAUUUUAAACUAUAGCUUUCCCCUUUUUUUUUUUUUUUUUUUUUUUUUUUUUUUUUUUUUUUUUUUGAAAAUCUUAUUUCACGGAACUUAUUCGAGGAGUUUUUGAGAAAGUUUUCUGUGAAUAAUCCAGUAAAAUUUAAUAAAAUUGUAAAGUGUUUACGGAAAAUUAUUAUUAUUAUUAUUAUUUUGUGAUUUUUAUAGUUGAACUCGCUUAUAAUGAGCUCGAAGGCCCCACCAAUAUCAACUCGAACAAAAUUAAAAACUCUCGAUUGCAAAAUUACACUACAUGGACUACAAAAUUAAAAUCUCAUCAUAAAAAUUUUAGUGCAAGCCAAAAAAUAGUUUGUAAGAAGGUUAUAAAACAAUAGCUUUUCUGAGUCUCUGCUCAUUUUUUUCUUCCUUUCUUGUUUUAAAUUUGAAGCAAUCUUUUAUUUUCAAACUUAUAAAAAUAAAGUUUUUCCGUUCAGGAAAUAUUCAUCCAUUUUUUUCAAGAAAUAUUCAUUCCUACAUCCCAAGAACAUCAUGCAAUGUAGAAAGAAAUAUAUUUUUAAAUGUUUCAAUAAUAUCUAUGUAACGUAAGAUGAAUAUUACUCGAAGAGAUUUGUGAAAGAAUAUUAUAUUAUGCAAAAACUUUAAGGCAUUCAAAUUUAUGGAUAUAAACACAUGAAGAAAAAAUUCUGGUAAAAUUUGCGGUACUGUAACGCAAUUACAUUUCUGGUAAAAACAAACAAACUAUAAUUUUGGAUUAAUAAAGAAAAAUAUAUGGUAUUUAAACCAUUCAUUUGAUAUUUUUUCCCACUCAUAGGGAAACGGCAAGCGGGAAGCUCUGGUUUUAAAAAUUAUAGUUCUUAUUACCAAACAUUUAGUAACAAAUACAGAGCUGAAAAGUAAAUGAAGCGGAAUAAAUCGUUUUUUCAGGAAUAAAUCUUUAUCAUUAUAUCAUAGUCUAAGGUAUAAUGAUAAAAUUAUUAAUUUUUACCGCAAUUACUACCAACCAGUAUGGUAAUAAAAUCAUAUUUUAUUUUUACUUUUACCAAAAUCAUUACCAAAUUGCUUCGGUGAAAAUGACCGAGCUUUUUGGUGUGCCCAUAGAGCCAGAAAUACGGUAAAUUUUACCAUAUAUUGGUAUUUUUGACUACGCUUUUUUUCCCAGUGCAUGUAGUAAUCGGUUGUAAAGAUAGAAAGUUAGUUUUCAACUAAAUAUUAAGACGUUAUUUCAUGCAAAAAUACAUUACCAACUCUUUGUUGCACUCUAAAAUUGAUUUUUUUAAAUGCAGUUAAAAUAUAACUUAAUUUUUUUUUCUACUGUGCUCAUCACUUUAAUCGCUAGUGGUACUCUACAUAAUUUAAUUUUCUUAUUUUUGUUAUUAAAAAUGAGCAGUAAUGAUUUAUUAUUUUUCUAUUAAGAGAUGUUAUUUUUCCUUAUUUUCUAAAAACUGAUGAUGAUGAUUGAUAGAAUUUUCAACAAUUACCCCUGUCAUGGUCUUACUCGAAAUAUUCAUAUUCGUGAAGCCCUUUUUCAUGAUUAAAAUCUAAGUUUUAACAAUUUUACCCCUCACCCAAAAGUUAUGAGAUGCUGUGUUUUUUCAUCUUAAUAAAAUUGAAUGUAUAUGAAAUAAUUGUAAAUGUAUACCUGUUUCUGUCUUUGUUAUGUACAUACAAAUUUCUUAGUUUAUAUUAAAAUAAGAGUUUCUCUCUUGUCAAAUAAAUAACGACAAUAAAGAUUUUUAAAAUA